CCAGAGCUAAGAGCAGCGGGAAGAGCGGGAGGACGUUGCGAAAAGGCUAGGCUUUAAAGGGGAUGGCCCGCUUAAAGGAAAUGGGGCAGCCGAGCGUUUCACGGCGGGCAAAAUAUCACCAGAGUGGAGGGCUGAGCUAGGCCCCGCCCAGACGGCCCGGCACCGGAAGGGGCGGGGCUUCUGGCCUGCCUCUUCCCCUGCAGCUUCCGGCCUGAGCAUGCAAGCAGCCUUGGAGAUCACCGCACGCUAUUGCGGCAAGGAGCUAGAGCAAUAUGGACAGUGCGUGGCUUCCAGGCCAGAGUCGUGGCAGCGGGAGUGCCACCACCUCAAGAUGAACAUUGCCAAGUGCACAUCCUCCCACCCCAUCAUCCGGCAGAUCCGCCAAGCCUGUGCUGAGCCUUUUGUAGCCUUCGAGGAGUGUCUCCGCCAGAAUGAAACAGCUGUGGGCAAAUGCUCCCAGCACGUGCAACGCUUCCUGCAGUGCGCCGAGCAGGUGCAGCUGCCCCCCUCACCUGCAAGGGAGGUAAGUGAGGUCCUUCAAGCUUCAUCUCAUCCCCUCCACAGCCACCCCACAGGAACUUCCCUUUUAUAAUCCCUGCCUUACUUUUUUGUCCUUCCUCACCUCACCCUCCUCUAGCCCCCAAGAUCUGCCCCAGUCCAGGUGUGGCUUCUUGUAAUGCCUCCCUGCAGUGACCAGGACAAACAGUGAGGUCUGUCAGCUCCUUCUUUGGCAUCUUUUAAUCUGUAUCUUUCUUGCUC